CGUCACGUGCGGCGCCAGGCUCGGUCCCGCCGCCGCGGCACCGAGCGCACCCGCUCCGCUCCGGCUCCGCUCGCUUCCUCGGCCUCCCUGCCUCGCUCCCGGCCGGCAUGGGGCUGCUGUCGCAGGGCUCGCCGCUGAGCUGGGAGGAGACGCGGCGGUACGCGGAGCACGUGCGGCGGCACGGCAUCCUCCAGUUCCUCCACAUCUACCGCGCCCUGCGCGACCGCCACAAGGACGUGCUCAAGUGGGGCGACGAGGUGGAAUAUAUGUUGGUAAAAUUUGACCAUGAAAAUAAGAAAGUGCGUUUGCUACUCUGUGGUGAAGAAGUUCUUCAAACGCUGCAAGACAAAGGGGAGAAGGUAAACCCCAAUCACCCAACACUCUGGAGACCAGAAUAUGGAAGUUACAUGAUUGAAGGAACACCUGGACGGCCAUAUGGGGGAACUAUGUCUGACUUCAACACUGUGCAAGACAACAUGAGGAAAAGGCGGCAAGAGGCUGCUUCUGUACUCAAAGAAAAUGAGGCUGUUUGCACAGUGACAUCAUUUCCAAGGUUAGGCUGUCCUGGGUUUACACUGCCAGAUUAUAAGCCAACACCAGUAGAAGGAGGAGCUUCUAAAUCCCUCUUUUUCCCAGAUGAAGCCAUCAAUAAACAUCCUAGAUUUAG